AUGUCUACUGGAAAUUCGUCAUACAAAGAGCUGCACGAGCAGUUUGUGAGCGACCAUGUUGGUACAACAUCUACGGAAGUCUCUGCUCUUUUAUCUGCAACUGGAAUAACAGUGUUUGCCCGAGUUUGUGUACAGACUUUCCUAUGGAAAACGACACCUCGUUUCACAUGGUACACAGUGGCCAUUGAUCACUUAUGCCUGGUGCUUCCCCUUCAACUUUUCUUGACACUUUGGAAUGAAUAUAUAUUCCUGUGCCAAUCAUGUAUCCUGUUACUAUCACUGACAGCUGUGAUAUUAAAACUGAACUCACGACAUUUAAAAACCCAAUGGCUCAGUUGGGGUGAAAUACGAGAAAGACAUAUUGAUCCACAACUUUCUUUUAUCAACAAUUUCCGGGCAUAUGUGCUCGUCUAUACUGCUAUUUCCAUUCUUGGUGUAGAUUUUGUGAUAUUUCCACGACGGUUCUGUAAAGCAGAAACCUAUGGCACUGGUGUCAUGGAUACAGGAGUAGGACUAUUUGUCAUCUCCAAUGCUAUAGUUUCACCUGAGGCUCGUGGCAAAUACAGAAAUCCUGGGGUUCGUUGCCUUGUGAACUGUCUCAUCUCCUGUUUACCAUUACUGUUCCUGGGACUGUUGCGAUUUGCUGUAACAAAGGGAGCUAAUUACCAUGAACAUGUUUCUGAGUAUGGCGUACACUGGAACUUUUUUAUCACCCUGGCUGCUUUGAAGAUUAUGUCAACAUUGUUUUACAUCUAUGUACCCGAGUUCCUGUGGAGCCUGUGUGCUCUUGGUGUGGUAGUGGGGUACCAGUACAGUUUGGACUAUGGGGGAGUAAAGGAUUAUUUGUUGUUGGGGGAGGACGGAAAAGGCGGCCGCGAGGGACUAUUCAAUGCCAAUAGGGAAGGAAUCUUCUCAUGUCUUGGGUACUUCGCACUUUAUGUUUUUGGGACAGAAAUAGGAAAAAUGAUUUUCAGAUAUGAAAGAUGGACCAUGUCAGCAUGGAGAACUCUAUUAAUUGUCAUGAUGACAAUGUCCGUAUUUUUCUGGGCCAUGUAUAGUAUAUCAGCGCUAGCCUAUGGAGAACUGGUGUCACGAAGAUUUGCUAACCUCACCUAUGUUUUAUGGAUUCUAGCACUGUCCACACAGACCAUGUCUGUUUUACUGUUGGUUGAUCUUAUAGUGGAAUACCUCAGAAUUUCAGCAGGUGUGACUAUGCAGACGUUGCCAACCAAAGGUCUUCUCAAUGCCAUCAACUACAAUGGACUCUUUUAUUUCCUGUUGUCAAAUGUCCUAACUGGAUUGGUCAACAUCUCCAUGGCAACCAUUCAUAUGACACCGUUGCCAAGCUUCCUCAUUCUCACUUUGUACAUGUCUAGUCUGUCAGCCAUAUCUGUUUAUUUGUUUGUAAGGAGAGUAAGAUUAAAGUUUUGGUGAAUCUUGUAGAA